AUGGACGAGUCAUGUGUUGGUGGGCCACCCAUUGCAGAACAGCCCAUAGAUGAUGGAAGAGAGUACCCCGAGGACGAUUUAGAGGAACCGGAUGGCUCGUGUCUUCUUCCGCUAGAAGAAAGUGACUCCGACACGGACGACGGGUUUGUCUUGGACGACGAAGAGCCUGUAGCAGAUACCAACGCUACUUAUAUCCAGGAGCCUAUUAACCCCUUUGAAGGUUGGAGCCUCGAAGAUUAUUUGUCGUACCUAGAGGCAAUUGAGGCCGGCUAUGUCGCUGGAACCGUGAAUGGACGGGCUGUCAUAUAUGUCGACAGCGUGCCGAACUAUAUCGCCGAUCAUUAUUUCUACUGUGCGGCCUAUGCAACUGCACCGGUGUAUACAUUAUAUCCCAGAGAGGACGAAUCGAUAUUGGAACAGCAGCUAGAUGAGCAAUCAAUUGCUCGUGGAGUACGCAUUCGUGAACCACCAUCUUACGAUAUGCUUCAGCAGCGCAAAAAGAAGUCAGCCGAAAUGAAGGCUGCUUUGGAGAAGGAAGACGAAGUGUGGCGAGCGUUGCACAACGAGUGCAUGCACCGAAUGGCGCGCAAAAGAAUAUUGUUAUUCAUACCGCUGUACGAGAAGCUUUAUCGGUGUUACCAUGGACAAGGCUAUGUGAUGGGCGCGGUCGCACACGAGACUAUGCUAAUUACGAUGCCCUUGGGCGAGUUUAGCAGAGAGCCCCAGGCAGCUCCUCCAGGGUACUCGACGUUGUCCGACGAUGAGUGA